AUGACCUACACUAUUUUCUAUGCACUUUUAUUCUCUGUCAUAAUAUUGGGCACUGCGCUGUACCUCACCCGAUCCCGAUGGAUCCCUCUACUGCCGGUUCCGGAUUACAUCUACCAUCAUCUCCCCUCCAGCUUCACAGGCGAUCUAGAAGCGGGCUUGAGUUCGUCUCAUUUCGAUAUCACAGCUAAUCUUGCCGACGGGGACCCCAGAGCCGGCCUAGACCAAAAAGCAAAGCAUGAAGUGCGAAAGAUCAUGAAAAGUCACAAGGUGGAUUUUGAUGAAGCUCGGCGCAUUUAUACCGAGCAACGAUUUGCACGUAAUAACAUCGGACCCGACGGCCGUCCUCGGGAUCCUAAAUUCGUUUCCUUUUCAUGA